UGGGACAGGGCUCAGCUGAGCUCAGCCCUGGGCUUCCGGAGCCGGUGGGAGCCUGGCACGAGCGGCCCCUCCCUCCCGCCUGCUGCCUGCCCUCCCCUCCUCAGGCAAAAGGUUGCUCAAGGAGACUCCAGGAUUUGGGGUCCGCCUGGUCACGUCGCCAGGAGUCCUUUGCGCUGAGCGCCUUGCCAGAGUUCCCCGGCAGAGCUCACAGAGCCUCGGGAAGCUGCGGAGGAAGCCUCGGGAUCCUGGCUACACCGAGCCCAGAGCCUUGCUCCCUGUUCCUGCACCAUGAAAAUCCUGUUCUAUGACCUCCUGCUCCUCAGCCUCCUCUCCAGCGUCUUCAGCAGUUGUCCCAGGGACUGCCUCACCUGCCGGGAGAAGCUCCGCCCAGCUCCGGACAGCUUCAACCUGGAGCUGUGCAUCCUCCAGUGUGAGGAGAAGGUGUUCCCCAACCCUCUCUGGACUCUGUGCACCAAGGUGGUGGUCAGGGGCUCCUGGCAGCCCGGUCCUGCUGAUCCUGAACACGUGGUGGCCACUCUUUACCAGCCAAGAGCCUCAGAGAUGCAGCAUCUGAAGCGAAUGCCCCGCGUCCAGAGCCCGUUCCAGGCACAGGAAGAGACAGAGCCAGGCGCGGAGGAGGCUGGCGAGGUGGAGCAGAAACAGCUGCAGAAGAGGUUUGGAGGCUUCACAGGGGCCCGGAAGUCGGCCCGGAAGUUGGCCAACCAGAAGCGGUUCAGUGAGUUUAUGAGGCACUACCUGGUCCUGAGCAUGCAGUCGAGCCAGCGCCGGCGCACCCUGCACCAGAAUGGCAUCCUGAGGAUCCCCAAAACAGCAUGUGUCCAGCCCCAGACCUGCCGGCUGGGAAUCAGGAUUCCUUCCUCCCCCAGGCACUGAGCCUGCAGGCCCUGCGGGCACGGCCUCUGGCGCCUCCCACCCAGUUGUCUCCCCUCUCCUGGCAUGAUUCCCCACAACCCUGUUGCUACAUCAGAGUGUAUUUUUGUAAUUCCUCCAGCUAACAUUUUAAUGCCCCCAUCUUUCCUUCUCACCCACCUCUUCUCUCUUCUGGGGCCGGGUGAAAGGAAAAUGAAAUCAAGCCUGGGGUUUCAACUUGUCACUGCCAUAACUUGUUUGUAAAAGAGCUGUUUUUUUUGACUGAUUGUUUGAAACAACUAUUUCCCCAUUAAACUUCUACUGA